GCCUAAGCUACGCAUGGAUGGCGUAUGUUAAAUACUACAUGAGCUAGAUAACGAUUGCUAAUUCUAUAUGUAGAUCUGAUGCCCACCCUACAUGCACUGUCGGAUGGGUUAAGGGUAAACGCGUAACAGGCCCUGACGAUUUCCAUGUUACCUUGCGAAUGGGUUCAGGACCGGGCAUUUGCAAUCUAUAUGGUCAUAUCUAUUUGAUUUGUGAGGGCCACGACAUAAAGAAAAAAGUCAUUCGGCUUAUGACAAGCGAAGAACGAGACGUGGUAGGCGGAUUCAACCCCCAAUUGUUGAUUUGGGGAAGAUAUCCCGCAGAGUCUUGUGAAUAUCCUAGGUCUCAGCUUAAGGUGCCGGUACCGGAAUUCGAGAUCAAACCAGAUUCAAUUCUACAUUAUCAAAAAAAAAAAAAAAAAAAAAAACCAAAUCCCCGAGUCUGGGUAACACCUGAAACACCAACAACACUGGGAACUACAUUCUGCCUAUGGGCUCCUUAUGUGUCAUGGUGGGCACAUCCAGCUCUAUCGACUAUUUUUUAGGCAGUAUGACGUUGACAUAGUAUUCUAGAGUUUGUUAUAACUCAAAAACGAAUACACAUAUUUUAGUU